ACAUCCGUUUCCCUUAAUUGUUCCAUGUGAAAAGAUUGGGGAAACAACCCAUCUUCUAUCAAAAUUAUAUCUUGUCUAUAUAUGAGAAUGGAUAUUUUUUCUGUUUUAUGUAUUUACUGCUUUUUACUUUCAAGAACUAUUGUUGGAGUUCAAAGUAUCAGAUGUUACGAAUGUAGCUCUCAAAUCAAUCCAUCUUCCUGUGGGCAAGACUUCAAACUUAAAUCGUCGGAUACCAAUUAUAUCAUAGACCAGUGUGACAGAUGUCUCUAUAGGAUAACAAGAAAUGAACGUAAUGUAACAGAGUAUUCAAGAGAGUGUUCUACAGCAACUGUUGAUGGCUGUAUUACAACAUCACCACAAGAGGAACAAUGCUUCUGCCAAACAGAUCUUUGCAACAGAUGGUCUCCCUUGACGGCACCUGCUGAUCUUUAUAACAAAUCGUCUUCCAUGACUGCUGCUAUAGCGACAGUUAUUAUAAAUACAUUGUUACUUUUUACUUUGAAAUAAAAUACAAUAUCACAU